ACUCCUAGAAAAUUUAACCAAUUCCAGAAAUUUAACCAGAAGAUUAAAAAGACUCAGCGAUAUCACAGAAUAUGGCCAUAAGAGACUCUUAAAAAGAACAGCGUUUCCAAUAAGUUGUGUUAACUGUCCGUGUGAUGAGACUGGCCUCAAAGGAGAUUGUGCCAAGUUAUUUCAGCAAGCAUCGGAAAAUUCCGGGGCAGUUGAUAUCAGCUUAGACAUGCCAAAGACUAAGUGUAAAUAUUUUGGCUGUAACAAUGACUCCACAAUUCCCAUGUUUCGUGUUGCUUGUUCGUCACGCCAAAAAGAUCUUUGGGUGAAGCAUUCUGGCAAUGAUGCCUUGGAAGACUCUGACUUUAUAUGCUACGAACAUUUUUAUAAAAGUGAUAUCAGAGACGUUGGUCUCAAGAAAAUAUUGAAAAACAGUGCGUUUCCAAAGAGUUGUGUUAAUUGUCUUUGUGAUCAAAACGGCAUCAAAGGAGAUUGUGCUAACUUACUUAAUUCCGGGAGAGUUGAUAAACAACCUAGUACAACCAUAAAAAAGAACGUAUUGGAAAAGUUGGCAGAAACUGGGGAUUACAUUCCUCUAAAUGCCAAGUCUUCUCCGCGGCCAAGCACAUCCCCUAAAGCUGGGCCAUCAAGGAAGAGAUCGCGUGAAAAUGACAUUGAAGAUGAUAGUGAGGGAUUGAAAGGAGUACCAAAGUUAGUAGCCAAAAGCUAUCCCAAUAAUUUUGGUAAUACAUUGAAACAUGUUCCACCCCUUGCAUUUAUCGGAAAGAACUUGACUAAACCGGUACAGGUUCCAAAAAGUAACAUUGAAUAUGAUGGUGAAGCAUUGAAAGCAGUACCAAGGAUAGUGGUACAAAACUCUCCCAAUAAUAUUGGUAACACAUCAAAACAUGUUCCACCCCUUACACUUAUUGGAACCAUUCCUGUACAGGUUCUAAGUCAGCCUGAACAGGCUUUAGAUAAGUCCGAACAGGUUUCAGAUAUACCCGAUCAGGCUUCAAAGAAGCCUGAUCAGGCUACAAAUAAGUCCGAACAGGCUUCAAAUAAGCCUGAAAAUGAGUCAGUUUGCGAUUCAGUGACUCAAAAUGAGGCUGAAAAGGAGAUCUCUAUGGAUUUGGUGAAGGAAGAAACUGCAGAUCCAUUAGAUUGUAGUGAUGUUGUGGUUGUGUCAACCUAUCAAAACGUAACACCUAGGCGAGUGGUCCCUGACAGACCUGAUGAUUCUGUUGAAAUAAUCCCAGUUAUCGAUGAUAAUUCUUCAGACGAAGAAUCUGUUAUUGCUGUCAAUGAGACAGCUGAUGAUUCAGUCAUUUUUGUCUAUGAGGAAAAGGGAUCUGCUAAACCACAGGUCAAGACUCCGAAUUUCAAUAAGGGGAAGAAAUUUACACCUGUGAAAUCUCCGAAAAAGAAGCAUUAUAAAGCUAAGUUUCAAAAACAAGUGCCAAUAGCUUCUAGCAGUCAAAAUCCCACUACAUCUGUUCCGAAAAACAAAGGAAGUGCUGAAAAUGUUUCGGAAACCCAAAAAUCGAAGAAAAUCAAAAUAAUGAAGGACACCGGAUCAUCAACUGGAGAGAAGAAACCAAGAUUUAUCGUAAUUGAUGGGAGCAAUGUAGCUUUCCAUCAUUCUCUGCUGAAAAAGGUAUUCUCCGUGGAAGGUCUCAAAAUUGCCAUUGAAUAUUUUGAAGAGAAGGGACACGAAGUUGUUGCAGUUGUUCCGCAAUUCCGUUCCAGGAAGAAUUUGUCUACGGAUCCUGAGCUCCUUAGAGAUCUCAAUCUCAAGGGAAAGGUGAUUUUUAGUCCGGCAAAGAAUAUUCACGGAUUCACACUGUCCAGCUAUGACGAUCUGUUGAUUAUGCAGGUGGCAGAAAAGAACCAGGGCGUCAUCAUAUCCAACGACAACUUUGCUGAUCUUCUUGGGCAGAACAUUCAAUGGGACACCAUCAUCGGAACUCGUGUUGUUGGCUUCACAUGGUUCAAGGAUCAAUUUUUCCUGCCCCUUGAUCCCUACGGGCGCGAUGGACCAAGAAUUGACGAUAUUUUGUAUCAAUGAAUUAUUUUUCUUUUGUGUAAAUACUAAAAUGAAUUCUUUUAAGAUUGUCCGUUAAAUAUGAUUUUUUGGAAUAAAAAACUGCUAGAAAAUA